GCUUUACACUCAUUUAGAACCUUUCCUAACUGUGUUUUUCUAGAGUUUCAUAAAUAGUUCACUUUUGAAUCGGUCUCUGCUAAAUUACCCACAAUUCAUCGGAUAAAGUACAAGAAAAAUGGCGGACGAAGACGAAGAACAAUGGUUGUACGGAGAUGAGGAUGCUGCAGAACCAGAAAUUGAGGAUGAAGCUCCAGCCAGUAUUCUCUCGGCGGAGGCCGAGCCCUUCGUCAGUCAGACGCCUGAACCAGUAGCAGCUUUGCCGUCAUCGGGGAUUACCGACGAUGGACCCCCAGGGGUAGAUGACAGAGAAGAAGGGGAAAUGGUUGAGGAGGAAUCGAGUCGUCCAGCAGAACAAGACAGUGAUGACGAUGACGAUGACAGUGAAGAUGACGAUGAUGUCCAGGUCACAAUCGGGGACAUUAAGGCCGCCCCGGCCUAUGGGUCAUACGGAGGUCCACCGACACACAAAACAUCAGCGUACCACAAGACGUCUGCAAUGGCACAAGUGGCGGCUUCGGCACUGCAGAAGGUAGCACCAGUCAAAGGGGUUGACAUGGAAGUGGAAGGCACCAUUAAUGGAGUAGGGGUGUACUCUUUUGAUGUGGAUGCUGUGAUAGACAAGCCAUGGAGAAAACCAGGUGCCGAUUUGACCGAUUAUUUUAACUAUGGUUUCAACGAGGACACCUGGAAGAACUACUGCAAUAAACAACACAGUCUAAGAGCAGAAUCCGGUGGGAAAAGCUACAGCCACAGCCAUCAUGGUGGUCACGACUCGUCCAACUCCAAAGAAAUUAGCACAACAGCCAAAUCAGACAUCAAACCAAGCCCAACACGGACUAUACGGCGAGAAUACCCAAGUCCAAUCAACGUGAUUGGAUCGAUAGCGGGUAGACGGCGGGAGAAUGAGAGCCAUAAUCCUCCCCCCAUGCAGUCCAUCCAAGUAGUCGGCAGUGAAUCAAAUAUGACAAAUAAUUACAGCGGAACAUCAGCUCAAUCUCCAGCACCAGCCGCCAGCCCCAACCGCCCUCCUCCGGUCCAGAACUACGGCCCACCCCCCGGGCCUCGUGGGCUUCCACCCAACAUGAGAGGGCCCCCACCAAACGUUGGUCAUCCAGGGGGUAACAUGCCCCCCAUGGGCCCAAGACCGAUGGGUCCUAGGCUAGGGGGUCCACCCCCAAGGGGUCCCCCUCCACCUGGAAUGCAGGGACCUGGUGGUCCACCCAUGGGGCCGAGAGGACCCAUGAAUAGAGGGCCAGGGCCCAUGGGUCCUGGAGGUCCACCUCCCCAUGGAAGGAUGCCCCCUCCUCACUCAGGUCCCCCUCCAAGGAUGAACAUGCCGCCGCCCAACAUGUCUGGUCCGCGACCACAGAACUACGGCCCUCCCCCACAGCGAUUUGAUGGGCCACCACCAAGGCCAAACUUUCAAGGACCUCGAGGCCCGCCUCCGGGACCCGGAGGGCCAAUGCCACCUGGCGGACCAGGUCAAAAUGGCCCCGGACCAGGGGGCCAGAGAUUUCCUCGCCCAGGUGGGCCGCCAAUGAACAUGCCGCCUCCUAAUAUGAACAUGCCCCCUCCUCAGGGCGGCAUGCCUCCACAGCAAGGGGGUAUGCCCCCGCCCCAGCAGGUCAACAUGCCCCCCCAUUCGAUGUCCGGGUCAAUGCCCCCACCUCAGAUGGGACCUGGGGCUGGACCGCCAGGGAGGCCCCCUCCUAACUUUGGAGACAGACCGCCAUUUUAUGAACCUCCUCCACAGAACCAACCCUUUACUCCUCAGUACAAUCAGUCUAUUCCACCUCCUACUCAAGGUCCCCCUCCUUCAGACAUGUGGGAUAGGGGGCCUGGUAAUGCACCAGCGCCCUUCUUCAGGGGACCGAGCCCCGCUGCAAGCGAGAGUGACAUCAGCACAAGCUCAGAUGAAGAUGAUUAUCGGCACAGAGAGGUUCGUGAUUACCGCCAUAGAGAAGAAUAUGACAGAAGAUCACCAGAACGAAGCGUGUCCGAGCGAGAACGCUCUCGUGACCGUGGUGAGAGGGACCGAUCACGGACGAGAGACCGGGGAGAGCGGGCCACAGAGCGUUCCACAGAACGUUCCGGGGAGCGAGACAGAGAACGAGACAGACACAGGGAUCGAGACCGAGAUAGGGGAGAUAGAGAGAAGGAACGGAGACAUCGAGAUCGGGAUCGGGAAAAGGACAGAGACCGAGACAGACGAGACAGCAGAGAUGGUAAAGAAUCUAGAAGAAGACGACAUGACAGUGACGAAUCCCACAGAAGCUCCAGACAUCGUCACAGCAAACGAUCGCGGCGAGACCAUGACGAGAAAGAAAGCGACGGGAAGAAGGACGAUGAUAAAUCAGCAGAUUCAAACAAAGACGUGGACAGUUCACUGGUUCCAGAAUACACAUCAGAUUAGAAAUACAUAUCAGCUUCACUAGCCCCCCGAAUCAGUAGGAACAACAGUUUACUGGUUCCAGAACAUAAAUCAGAUUAGAAAUACACACAACAGCUUCACUGGUUCCAGAACAUAAAUCAGAUUAUAAAUACACAGAAGCUUCACUGGUUCCAGAAUAUACAUCAGAUUAGAAAUACAUAGCAGCUUAACUGGUCCCCCCCAAUCAGUGGAAACAACAGUUCACUGGUUCCGAAAUAUACAUCAGAUUAGAAAUACACACAUCGGUUUCACUUGUACCCCAAAUUGGCAUAGAAGUUUAACUGUUCCCAAAGUAGACGUUACAAAUAGAUAUUGAAUAUUAAUUUUUCUGUUAAUGGGGAAAAGAGUAAAAAUAAAGACUUGAGGCUGUAGGAAUAACAUGGGUUUGGGGUUCGUUUCUCUUCCUGUAGGUAAACUAACAUAUCGCUAUAGACCUUUAUCAUGGUGCAGCCAUCUUGACCAAGCUGGAGGCAACAUGACAAAGGUCUAUAUCGUCAGCUCAGGACAAUAAGGGC